AUGAGAUUAAAUACUUUACCGGAUGUUCUUUUUCCAAAUCCCAUUCAGCAUCCGAAUUUUAAGAUCUCAUUUUUAGAUAAGGUUAGGGAAGAUAUACUCAAUGUAUAGAAUUAAAAAUAAUUAUAGAAUCAAUUAUUAAAUGAACCCAUGCGUAGGAGUAGAUAAAAUAUGACUAUACGUUCAUAGUAGAGAGGAUCAAUUAGAAUUAUUAGUCCAUCAAUUGUCACGUCUCAAAAUAAUACAUAAACUAAUUUUAGAUCUGGGUCUUCAAAGUUCAAGGUAAUAAAAGAACACUCUCAGAUGGAAGAAAUGGAUGAAACAUUUUCUCGAACAAGAACACCAUCUCAAUUAGUAAAAAGAUUAAAAAGAGGAUUAUCAAUGUUUGAAAAAUAGUUAUGA